UGUAACAUGAUCAGGGGAGAACGCAGCUCUGAUAUCUGACCAAUCAGGAGCGCCCUGUGUCUGUCUAUGUGACACACUGGGAGCUCUAUUACAGAGCGAUUAUUAUACAUUUUAUUAUAGGGACUCCCAUUCAUCCCUACAAUCUAUACACAGACUUCAUUUUAUUUACCAUCAAACAGUAUUUAUCACCCAGGACACAGGUAAGUGCAUUUUAUUAAUCACUCUAAUUGGAGUAUAUUUAAUAUUGAGUAAAGUUGGAUAUUGUGGAAUUUCUUUUAAGUUAAAGGAUGGAAGGACGUAUGAAGGUGAGAAUCUCUGCCCAGGUUUAUAUAGAUUAUGCAUGGUGCAGCAGGUUCAUGUAGAUUAACUGCCCACGUGUUAGGUAAGACAUGCUAGGCAGAGAGUCACUGGUUUAUACGGUUAUAGUUUUGUAGGACUUUCUUUUUUUAAUAUAUAUCUAGGUAUUUAUUUUGCACAUAACCCAUUUACACACAUGAAGAGUUUGUAUCCUUUUCAUCUGCAAGGUCUGCUGGACCCAAGUGCAAUAAACACUAAUCCGUGAACAUCAUCAGAGUUCCAGUUUUAGGUAGGUGGCUAAACCAGACAGUUACUAGAAGUUGACAGUUUGAGGUACUGACAUAUUGCAGUUACUGGAGAAACCUCAUAUCACUCAGGGUGAUCUGGGUUACAGGUCCAAUGAAACAGUGUCAUCCAAAUGGCUGUCUGGAUAUCACAGCUGGACUUCCUAGAAGGUUUCCAUCCCUGGGCUACUGGGUGAUACUUACUAAACAGGGAAUUACUUCGAGAAAAUGUACAUUUAACUGAUCUGUAACAAAAAAAAAAAAAAAAAAUAGUUGCACUGGAGAUUGUAUUUUAAAUGGGCUAUAACAGCCUAGAUAUUGCAAAUAGUGAUAGCCUUCUAUUUAGAAGUAAGUACCCUUGCAGGUGGGAUGCACCAAGCUGCCAUAGCGAUGGGGAAAAAAAUAAUUCAUUCCGUUUCCAAGUUUCUCUGUAGGUAAAUGAAUGGCCACCAGUGAUAUAACUAGAAUGAGGGUUAAUCAUUUUGUUUUUAAUAUUUUAUUUAGUUUACACAAUAACAACCAGUUUGGCUCACACAGAGUUAAGAUGCAAUCAUUAGCAAAUUAGAAUAGGUCUCUGCUAUAUUAUGUCCCUAUUAAUUUUGAGUCUCUAUUCACUUUGUCCCCACGUCCACUCACAUUCCCCUUACGUACAACCAAAAAGUGUCCCAGAAGCUUAGAUUACAUUGUUAUUAGCAUUAAGGAACCCUGGCAAAUCUACAUGUGCAUGGUGCAAUAGUAUAAUCACAUAAAUUAGUUUGUAAAUAGUUAUUAUGGAAAAAAUGAAUUGCAAAAUCUAUCUAAAGACCAUUUACACCUUGCAAGCUCAUGGGUCAGAGGCCUCUUUACCUACGGUUCUUGUACGUCAAACUUAUUUUUUGAGAAUUAUUAAUUUUUCUUGGUAUAUGCUGGCACUAUAUAAAUCAUUGUAAAUGUGUGUGGGGUUGUGUUUUUUUUAUAUAUAUAUAUUAUAAAUAUUAAAGCAUGUUAUUAAGUUCUCCUGGAGCCCCUGCUCUAAAACAUUCGACAAACAAAAUAAAUAAAGUUCUUUAGUGUAAUCAUGACAAGUGCCUGGAUUGGCCUCCAAACAGCAGAGGUCCCCGAGAUACAUUGCAAGAUAAAUCAUCUUUCUUACAUAGGCUCCUUUUGUAAUUAGUAAAUAAAUGAAAUUGAAAUAUGAUAAUGAAUUAGACUGUUUAGAUAUUGGUUUUUUUUUUUGUUUGUUUUGUUUUUUAUUGAUCUGCAGUCAGUUUUCAUUUUUAGAAAUUAAUGCAUUGACAUAUUAAAGGGUCACUAUAGGCACCCAGGGCACUUCAGUUCAUUGUCACAGGCCCCCUAACCCUGCAAUUAUAAUUCUUGUUUUGUGAGAAACUGCAAUAAUUACCUUGCAGGGUUAACUCCACUUUUAGUGGCUGUCGACCAGCCAGCCAAUAGAGAGACUUCCAGGUGUUCAGGCAACUUUUGGUCGCCUAACUGGUUGUGGACGUCCUCACGCUAUGCAUAAAGACACCCAGAGUCACUCAAAACUGCAUAGGAAGGAUUAUACAAUUAUACAAAGCAUUAUGCAAUGCUUUCUUAUGGGGGAAGCCCAAAUGCGAUCGCGGCACUUGCAUAUUAGGUUUCCCCUUCCUGCGGGCUAACGCCGGAGGAGCUGAGGCGGCAUCUGACCCAGCACUGAGGAACAUCAGCGCUGGAAUCAGGUAAGUGGGUUUUUAACCUCUUCAGCACUGCGAUGGAGGGGGGCACCAUAGGUUACUAUAGUGUUAGGAAAACAACUUUUGUUUUCUUAGCACUAUAUUUUCCCCUUAAAUAAUGGACUGGGGCACCGCUGAAAUUUUCGCUUUGUCUAAAUAUAUUUGAUGGAAAAAAUGGAGUUUCAUUUGAACCGAAUUUCGUCUGUCUGUUCGGACGAAAUUCAGACAUUAUUUACGUUUUGGAAUUUCAUGCAGAUGAAUCAAAUUCCGAUUCAGGCCGCAGCUGCAACUUUUUGCCGUUUGUUAGAUCACUCCCUAAAUUGUACCCUACCCUUGUGUGAUUGCCAUAUUUAAAGGGACAUUAUAGGUGCCCAGACCACUUCAGCUCAUUGAAGUGGCCUGGGUGCAGUGUCCCUGUCUUAGUCAUGUAAUGUAAAUCAUUCCCGUUUUUAAGAAACUGCAAUAAUUAUUUUGCAGGAUAAAGAGAGCCACUGGUGGCUGUCAAUUAGACAGCCACUAAAGACACUUCCUGGUAGCUAAUGGAUUUUUUGUCCAUGAGGACAUCCAGCAUCCGUAACAUUAAAGCAAUGCUUUCUUAUAAAGAGGGCCUAAUGCACUCACAGUGCUUGUUAUACAUGCAUAUUAGCUCCCCCGAUGUUGGAUUAUGUCGGAGGAGGCGGAGUGCCGAUCCAGUGCCAAGGAAGAUCACUAUUAACAGAGCAGGAGAUAAAUUCUAAAUAAAACUGAAUUUGCAAUAAAGGAAGUUUAAACAUUAGAUGAGUCUUUACAGGACGUUUUUAGGAAGGCUAUAUGUCACAUGCAGGGAGGUGUGAUUAGGGCUGCAUAAACAAAGUAAUUUCACUUAUAAAUGGCAGAGAAUCGAGCAGUGAGACUGCAGGGGCAUGAUCUAUACACGAACACUGCUUCAGUAAGCUAAAGUUGUUUUGGUGACGAUAGUGUCCCUUUAAUUUUGGCUGUUGAGACAACACUAAUACUAAGUAAAAAAUGCUUAGUAUUAGUAAAUAAAGGAGGUUAAAUCCUGCCUACUGCCUCUAACCGCUGUGCUGCUAGUAUGGGGCAUGUAUACAAAACAGUGAGCAGCCACCGUUAUUAAAAAAAUAAAAUAAAAAAGUGUAGUAACUGAGCAGCUAUUGCUAUCCAGUCACUAAUCGUAUAAAGAGGUAGCUGACACACUGUCCCCUCCCUGCGUUAAUUAUUUAAAUAGGGCUCUACCACGUCGCUAAACGUUUUUUAUGACAGCACGCAUCCACUGGCUGCUCAUUGUUUAGUAGACAUGUCUCUACUCGUGGUAUGGUAGGAAGGGACAGGAGGGAGUAUUUAACUUUAGUUUGGGUUAUCCCCAUAGCUAGGCCUUCGGUAUUUGUUUCAUUUGUUAUGAUUUCUAUUCAUUCAUUCGUCUUUCGGAUGAAUGGACGAAUAGCAGAAAUUUUCCCGAAAAACUGUUCGUCCGAGAAUGAAUGUCCAAAUGUAUUAAAUAACAGCUUUACCAAGGUUUAAAUAAGAGUUUUACUAUGAAACUUUAUCCUUUCUGUGUAGAAAACAAUAUAUGGCAUUUUUACUGCAUACUCAUUUAUUUGGUAAAUACAGUAAUUUUUCUUUUUUGCUUGGGAAACUAGUUAUUGCAAAGCCUGUUGUGUCAGUGCAAACUAAAUCAAUGUCACAUCACCCGCGGUGUCAUUGUUCUGAGCAAUGUGAAGUUUUAUUGUACGAGCACAUGUUCUAUAGAAUUCCGUGCACACAGGGUGUCAAGGUCAGAAUUCUACUAAUAGGAAGCUGUAAGGACUGCCCCAGCAGGAAUAACCCGGCCCAUUCUUGCUGCAUUCUUUGUAGGAGUGAGUGACAGCUAGAAGCAGAUCAGAGUUCCCCGCUGUUAUCCCCAUUGACUAGUCGGCCCCUUUCGAGUUUAGUGAAUGGGGAUUUAUCCUUUAAUGAGAUGAGCGAGACAUUCGUUGUUUGAAGUGAGUGGAGUGCUUCUCUCCAACUGACGCUUUGAUCUGAGUGGAGAUUAGCUCUGCCAUUCACUAUUUAAGCUGUCCAGUGAGUUAGUUUUUAAAUGACAGAGGGAAUUGUGUAGUUUGUGAUCUGCUAGCUGUUUUUUAUUCUCACACAAGCUCAAGGUUACUUACACAUGCAACAAUUUGCCCCUGCUUGGCUUGUGGUAAUAGUGGAUGGCCAGAGACUCCGAUUUGGUUGAUAGAGGUCCACUGGACGCUAUUAAAUCAUCGUUAAGGGAUGAGAGGAGAAACAUUGUUAAAUCAUCCCCUCAAGCAUACAGGGUUUACUAACGUGAGACUUGUGCUUUUUAGUUUCAAACGCUUUGCUGUUUAUCUGAAUUGUGGGUGAUACGUGGCUGUCCGAAAUCCCCAACUUCGAAACACUAUGUUGAUGAAACAAACAAAACAGACAUCAGACAAGCACGUUUUGUUUGAUUUCUUAUUCAGAAUUCUGUCCGUAGUGCCAAAACAAUUGGAUAAUUAAUGGGAAAAAAUAUGAAUGGUUGUUCGGGGACAGUCAGUAAUUGUUGAUUGAAUGUUGACAGAUCAAGUGAGAAGUGAUCAGUAAAGCGAAAAAAGUAGGAGCAGUAAAAAAUAAAAACCUGUAUAUAUUUAAUAAAUGUUUUUUUUGUUUUUUUUUUACUUCUCCUCUUCUUUUUUUCCUCUAUUGGUAAUAAAUUCUCACUAGAUCUGUGAAUGAAAUGGGUCAAAAUAUGCGCCUAUCAAUGUACCGCAAUAUAUACAUACUAUUUAUAUUUUGCAGUACACUGACAAUUUUUGCACCCCUCCCAAAUCAUUUUCCAAGACAGUCACAUGGAGGGAAUUAGUCUGAACUGAAACAUUAUUAGACAUGUGCAAUUCGUUUUGGUCCGAAUGAAAAUUCGGCCGAAUUUCGGGCAAUUCGGACAUUCGGCUGAAUUGCCAAAGUGCUGAAUUGUCGAAGUGCCGAAAUUACUAAAUUUCUGAAGUGUAGUAGUGCCGAAGUGCCGAAUUGCUGAAGUGCCGAAGCACAGUAUUGUCUAAGUACUAAUGUUACAUUGUAUACAAUUUUAAAUAAAAAGUAUAUAAACAUAGCCAGGAUUCAGCUGUAAGCGUUUGCAACACUUACAACAAUCAAGUAACACACAUUCAUAUAAAAUGUAUGUUACUUAGCCAGUCAUGUAAUGACAGGAAUGAAUAAGUAGAUAACCCCCUAAUUCCCACGGUAUUAGGGAGCUAGCUACUAAAAGGCUGAAAGACCUGAAUUGGUCUUUCAGACAAAUUUACUUAUACUAAGUUACUUAGUAUUAGUAAAUUAUGCCCCUACUCGCUAUAUCGUGAGUAGGGGCAUGUCUAUUAAACAGUAAGAAGGCUGUGGCUGCUCACUGUUUAAAAAAAAAAGGUCUGAGCGGCGGGUGGGGGCCCUAAAGUAAAAAAGGGGGGGAGGACCUAUUGUCCUCCCCACCAGCAGGUGGGGGUCCUAAAUACAAAUUGGGGGGGACGGGACAUAAUGUCCUCCCCCCUGGCCCCCACCCCUGAGCAGUGGGUGGGGGGCCCUAAACAAGAAUAAAGGGGGGGCCUAAUGUCCUCCCCCCUGUCCCCCACCCCUGAGUGGCAGGUGGGGGCCUAAAUACAAAUUUAACCUCCCUCCCCCCAGGUGACUAAGGGUCCCCAAACCUCUAGUCACCCCCUCCCCCAAAAAAUAAGCCCCUUCCUACUCCCCUUACCCUAAAAAUAAUGAGGGGGGGACCUUUAACUAAGUACCUGUAAAAAUAAAAAUAAACUUACCAUUUGAUGUUUUUUUUUUUCUUUCCAAAAAAGGCCAAAUAAAAAUCCAUAAUAACUGACGCAAUAAAAAAAAAAAAAAACCUGAGCGCCCCCAAAAAAAUCCAUCUUCACCUGGCGAGGGCUCCGCGCAGACUGAGCUCUGCAGGGCGGGGGAAGGCUUAUAAAGCCUUGCCCCACCCUGCAAUUAGGCUCAAAGCACUCUGAUUGACAGGUAAGUCUCUACAUUUACCUGUCACAGCACUCUGAUUGGUUGGUUUGAAAUCCACCAAUCAGAGUGCUCUGUGUCAUUUUACACAGCGUAUACCUUUUGAGGGUUAACUCCACCACUAGUGACUGUCUACCAGCCAGUAGAGGGACUUCCAAGUUGCUAGACGACUUUUGGUCACCUAAUUGAGGCUGGACAUCCUUGUGCUAUGCAUGAAGAUAUCCGGUGUUCUAUCAGUCUGGUAUACUCCGUCAGAUUGCUAUACCCACGUCACUUCCGGGGAGGGGAAUCAGCUGUCUCCUGUGCUGCACAUGCGUGCUAGCACUCCUGCUACUUCUCCACAGCAAGGUCCUGGAAGUUAAGUAAAACUAGUUUUACACUUUCAUUAUAGUUAGUGCAUUCACUAAGCUUAGGCACACGGGACAUUUAGGGUUAAGUGAGGGUACAAAUUAGGGUUAGGUAAGUGCUUCUAACCUCUCUCACAUUCUAUUCUUACCCUAACCCUUGGGGUAAGGGUUAAAAUAAAGUGUGAGAAAUCACUAUUUAGUGAUAUUCCCCUAAUGUGAAAUAUCACUAAAUAGGAACAAGUCCCUAAUCCUAACCCUAAUUUGAACCCUAACAUUAACCCUAAAUGUCCCAUGUCCUAAGCUUAGUGAAUGCACUAACUAUAAUGAAAGUGUAAAACUAGUUUUACUUACCUUCCAGGACCUUGCUGUGGAGGAGUAGCAGGAGUGCUAGCACGCAUGUGCAGCACAGGAGACAGCUGAUUCCGCUCCCCGGAAGUGACGUGGGUAUACCAAACUGAUAGAACACCGGCAUCACCCGAAAUCCCAUAGGAAAGCAUUGUAUAAUGCUUUCCUAUGAGGAAGUAGUAAUGCGAGCAUGGCCAUUGACACGCAUGGGCAUUAGGUCUCCCUCGCCGGCUGAUGGCGGUGGGGGAGGAGUGGAGACAGAGGCCGAGCCAGUGCAGAGGGAUGGACAAGUUUGUUUUCCUGGCACUAUAGUUUCCCUUUAUUAGCUUAAGCGGAACAAUUCACCAAGACAAUUAUGUUCUCAGUUUGGCUAUUUUAGUCUUAAAUUUGAAAUUCUCAGUGAAUUCUCAGCAAUGCUUACUUUAGUGAAAAAUCGUGUCAGAGCUCUCAGUAGGGGCUUUAGAACUCCUGGGGGGCGGAACCUGACUGGCAAGCGGAUCAGAUGCAUACAUACUAUGCGAACUCCUGAACAAUGCAUGCAUAAUAAGCUUUUAUAGCUGCCAACUUGCACAGUUUAACGCAUAGUGGAGACCCUCGUGAUUAGUUUGGUAGCAGACUCUGUGCUUUUCUGGUCCUGAAUACCUAUUCUUUACUUCUUGUGGCCUUCAAACUUGACAAGCGUUGGACGACAUAUCCUGAUACCGCAAAUGGAUUUCUGCACUACCCCCACCCUUUGAACCGGUGGUGGUCAUCCCUGUCCCUGGAGAUCUGCCAUCGCUACAGCUGACGCCUUGAGUUGCUGUGCGCAGGGACCCCACGUGGCUCCUAAGAUGGUGCUGGUCACUACAGAAGGCCGAGAGCCAUAUCACAACAACACUGGCUAAGCUGGAACUCAUCUUUUUAAGAUUCUGGGCUACUAUUGAGGCAACUGAGUGAUCUGAAGGCUCAGUGGCAUGCUUUGGGUAUAUUGGCACAACCUAUCUACCUGCAUCAGUCCACUUCUUUCUCAAGGCCUCCUGGUGACCUGACAGGCCAGAGAGCCCCUCUUCCUACUCUGUGGAUGCCGAGGGCACAUGGCACUAUCAAUCUCGUGGAGCCUCCAGCAGUGUGGAGCCUAGCUCGGAGUUCUGAGACACCUAUCCUUCUGACCCCACAAGCGGGCGACUGCUGUUCCAGUGGGGAUCUAUGGAACUCAAAUGCAGGCUUCUCGUCAACACUCCUACACUAUGCAUACCUACCUACAAAGGAUAUUCUCUCGGGAGCCCAACAGUCUACUUACAAGUGGGAUGCCAGUGCUCAAGCCUCCUCCUGGCUUAAAUCCCUUGCAAUAGACUCCUGUAUUUUAUUUGCAUUCAGUUUUUGUUGAUAUCUCAGCCUACAUUUUAUUUUUCUCAGAGCAAGAUAGUCUAGCAUGUAUAACACUAAUCAUACCCACUCAUAUCUCAGUUGAUAUCCUAUCGGCAAGUUAGCCUUCUCUAAAGAUACCUUGCAUAUUUGCUCUAGCAUAUAACUUGUCUUAAACCAAGAGGUGUUUCUUAUGCCAGUCUUUUUUCUUUAAAAUAUAUUGUCACUUAGUGUAACGUGACUUCUCUGUAACCUCUUUACUGACUUGUCAUUCAUGCCUCCUGAAUCUGAGGUUUUUUCCUCUAUAAUUGCAAGAUUCCACCAAGGUCCAUAGUUUGACUAAUGAGCCUAUUAUGUUGUCACUUCGUUUAAUGUUUCUAUUAUUUUCUACUUUAAUUUAAAAAAAAAAAAAAAAGUGCAGUAUGUAGUAUGACAUUUCCUGAUCUGUUUAUAUCCCUUACUGUUGUUUAUAUGCUUGUGAAAUGUCACAGUACUUCUGACUGUAACGCGAUGCAUGAUUUAAAUAAAGUAAGAACUGUUGGGCGUUCAAAGUGAAUUCAAAUGUAAGGCCAUGUAGCCAAACUGGAAGCCUAGCAGAUUUGGAUAUUUUUUUUUUUUUUUUUUAUCUGGCUACUUUGGCCCUAAAUCUGAAAUUCACUUUGCAUUUCUGACAGUUCUCACUUUAUACAUGUUUACAAGGCUUGCAGCGAUGGUAAUGGGUAAACCACAGAUAAUGUGCGUUGUAUGAUUGUACCCAAACAUGGGUUGCAGAACCAUUUAACCAACAAUAAAAUAACUUUUUGGGAUGGCUGGGUAUCGGUUAAGAAUUUUGGUAACAAACAAAUGAUAAUGGGCCAAUCCGUGUACUGCAUUAUGUACACAUAAUAUAAAUGUUAUCCCCUUAAUUUGGUUCACAGAUCAAAUGAGGAGAAACAGAGGGGGAAAAAAGGUGGGUCAGUAAAAAAAAAUAAAUAAAAAUCUCUAAAUAUAGCAUAUUUAUUAAACCAUUGCUUAGCCGACCUCAUAGAAUGGUUGCAUGCUAGUUGAUCAACCCGGACAAAACAGAGUUACUUUUGGUGAGGGGACCCUGAGUAACAAAAAUACCCCAUGAUCACCUAACUGGCCUGGAGCUUGAAGGCUCUGAACUCAUCAGUCCAUCAAAGGUACGAAACCUCGGAGUUCUGAUUGACUCUGGACUAUCAUUAAGACAGCAGAAUUCUUCCGUAAUAUAAUCUGCCUACUUUUAUAUGAAAAACAUAGCCAGGAUACAAACCUUAAUUGAUGAUAUGCCAACAUUAAUCCAUACAUUUGUAUCCUCUUGGUUAGAUUACUGCAAUGUACUUUACUUGGGCCUCCCCGAAAAAAAAGAGCUCCAUCGCCUUCGGAUAGUACAAAAUGCAGCAGCCAGACUACUGACCAAUCAAACUUGCUCCUGCCACAUAACACCUGUUCUCCUCUCCCUGUACUGGGUUCCAAUAAAAUGGUGUGAACAUAUUUUAAAAUUGACCUGCUGACCUUCAAAGCCUUAAACAAUCAAGGCCCACCGUACCUGGAAGAGUUCCUGACACCCUACAUUCCAUCCCGUUCACUUCGUUCAGCCAGCAAAUCCCUCCUGUCCAUACCAAGAAUAAAGACAGAUUCAGGUUCCAGGGCUUUCAGCCAUGCUGCCCCUAGCUUCUGGAACUCUUUACCGAGGUCAGAGAGCAACCGUCCUUACAGACUUUUAAAAAAAGCUAAAGGCCCACCUCUUCUUGAAUUUCAAUCCGCUCAUCUGACCAUCAGAAACUCCUAACUUUUAAUUCUUUUAUGUUACUAUAUUUGUAAAAUGCUUUGCGUCUCACAGGUAGAAAAGCGCAAUAAAAAUGGCAAAUUAUUAUUACAUAAUAAACAAAUCUAAAUUAGUUGUUACAUCUCUGAUCAAGUAAGCAAUAUGUGCUUAUUCAGCAGGGCAUGUAACCAGCGUGCUCUUCCAACUUCAAUGGCCAGGGCAGGAAUUUUUAUUAAUAAAUGUAUUCUGUUCGAUAAGGAAUAAUUACAUAAUCUAUUUCUGGUUACUGUGAUGAAUCAUAUGUGAAAAAUGGGUGUUGCCGCUCAAUAGCUAAUAUUUCUGUAUAACUGGAUGUGUCAGUACAAUGACAAACUGCUUACAUUAUUCAGAUCAUUACAUCUAAUGAGAAAACUAAUCACUGCAGCCUGAACCGAUACGCAUGACUCUCUCUCUCUUCCGCGAAAUGUAUGUCUGAUCCCUUUGUGGAAAUGCUAUUGUUUUAUUUUUUAUGUUUCAUCACUGUUACAUGGUUUUUACAAGAAAGUAUUGCAGCUUUUCCAUGUUUUUGUAUGUCUGCUUUGAAUUGUAAAAGCAAGUUUAACAUCAGGAAGAUCUUGCGGUUCAUUAUCUGACUUUUUAGUGCUUGUUUUAUGGUUUACUGUUCAAUAAAACAAUAACGCUAUAAACACUAUAAACAUAGCUUUAUAGGAAGCCAGUAUGCACUCCUUAAACCCUGAGAAAAAUUAAUAUACAAGUGCACAUUUUAAUAUACAAGACACAUUUAUGAACAUAAAGCAGGGAAAUAAUUAAAACUCUAUAAAAUUGCGAAUAUAACUUGAUUGAGAUAUUUGUUGUGAUUCUUCUGGUAUCGUCCCAAAAUUUACGUAGAAUGUAAAUAUGUCAACUGUGUGUGCCACCUAUUAUAUUUAUAUGUUUAAAUAGGAAUUAAUACGUGUGAUCAUGUGUGUGUGUGUGUUCUAGCAUCCAAUGUCCUAAUUUUUCCCUGAUGGUCAAAAAAAUAACACUCACCCACCUUUCAUGUUCCUGCAUUACUGUAAAUUCCCAGGCUGAGCAUUAUUAUUAUUAUUAUUAUUAUUAUUAUUAUUAUUAUUUUAUUAUUAUUUAUAUAGCAUCAAACACUCCAGUAGCCCUUUGAACAGCGCAGAUAAGAGAAUGGGCCUUGACAGGGUCAGAGAGUAGGCAUUUAAGUUUAAUAUAAUUCUGGGUGGGAGUUUAGUAAUUGUGGUUGUGGGGGGUGGAGACUAAGGGGAUAUAGAGCGGCCAUCUUAGCAAGUGGCAGUGGCGGAUCCGUGGGGGGGGGCAACAGGGCAAUUCCCGAUAAAACCGAGGGUCUCCCUCUCCCCUGCCAGCACAUUUAGGCGCCAGCCCUGCAAUGUGCCUUCAUGGACCGGAGGGGAGAUCAGAGAUCUCCCUCCCCGGUCCGCAGGCACAUUGCGGGCAGCUGGCAGCGGAGGGAGGGAGAGAGGACCCGGGAGCUCAGCCUGCAGCUCCUCCGGGUCCUUCUCUCGCGAGCACGGAGCGCUGCCACGGUUACCACGGCAAUGCUCCAAAUCUCGCGAGAGUGAACUCUAGCCCUGGAGCUACGGGCUAGAGUUUAUUCUCACCAUUGGGCCACCAGGGAAUCCCCACCGGACCACCAGGGAUUGAGAAAUGUCCCCUCUCCUCUCUCAGUAAAGGUAAGAAGGGAGUGGGGACAUAAUGUAUAUUUAUUUUAAUUAAAUAAAACAACAACACACAUAUUAUUUACAAAAAAAAAAAAAAAGCCCCCCUACCCUUAUUAUCACACACAUACAUUCCCCCCAUACACAUACACUGCCCCCCAUACACACACACUCUACACACAUACACUACCCCCAUACACACACACUGCCCCAUACACAUACACACUGCCCCCCAUCCACACACACUGCCCCCAUACACACACAUUGCCCACACUCACACAUACACUGCAAUCCUCACACACACACUGUAACUGUUAUACACACACAUACUGUCCCACACAUACACUGCAUCCCUGACAUACAGUGCCGCCCUCACUCACACACUAAAACCCUCACACACACACACACACACACCGCACCCCUUACACAUUGCACCACUCACACACACCACUGCUCCUAUGCUCUACUACAGCCCCAUUUCCCAGCAGACCUCAGGUAAGUUGUCAAACUGUUCUUAAACGGUUUAGCUACUUACUGUGGGAGGGGGUUCCGGCACUAUUGACACCAUAACCACUACACUGAGCUGUAGUGCUUAUUGUGUCUGGAUUAUUUCUUUAAAUAAUCUACAAGUGCCCCUCCCGAGAUCAGGCUCUGGAUCCGCCACUGGCAAGUGGCCAUUUUAAUUGCAGCCUUCACGUACCUGUUAGUUGUCCCACCCACCCUCCCUGUGGUUUAACUGUAGUUUUCCCGUUUGGUCACAGCGGCGGGGAAGGGCUAGGUUAAAUGGGAAGUAGGUGGAGUAUGAAGUGGUCAUGGCAAGGUUUAGGCUGGAUUAGUCAGGAGUGUUACAUUUGAUUGGAAGGUUCAAGCUCAUCGGUAGCUCCGAAUCUGGGGGUGUAGGGGUGUCUCGGUACACCCCUACAGUUAAAGCAUUUGGAUAUGGGCCUCUUUGGUAGGCCGUGUUUUAUGUUAUGUUAUUUAUACUGUUAUACAUUGUUAUAUUGGUAUGGGGUCAUUGCCAAGGGUAUUUAGGUACGGAGGGAGAUUGUAUUAAAAUAUAAUUUUUAUUUGGCAAUGACCCUAAUUUUGUUAACUUUAUGAUAAUAGCUGUGGACUAUAUAGCUGGUGUCUGUCUUAUUAAAGGGAGUUUUGUGUGGGUUAUGGCACAUGCUGAAUAACUACUGUGCGCAUGUAAAGGCUCCUAAACGCUGUGUAAGUUAGGUUACAGUUAGUUAUACUGGGUGGGUUUAUAUUAUUAAAGGGACACUCCAGGCUCCCACACACGUUAGAUGCACUGUGUAGGUUAGGUUACAGUUAGUUAUACUGGGUGGGUUUAUAUUAUUAAAGGGACACUCCAGGCUCCCACACACGUUAGAUGCACUGUGUAGGUUAGGUUACAGUUAGUUAUACUGGGUGGGUUUAUAUUAUUAAAGGGACACUCCAGGCUCCCACACAUGUUAGGUGCACUGUGUAGGUUAGGUUACAGUUAGUUAUACUGGGUGGGUUUAUAUUAUUAAAGGGACACUCCAGGCUCCCACACACGUUAGGUGCACUGUGUAGGUUAGGUUACAGUUAGUUAUACUGGGUGGGUUUAUAUUAUUAAAGGGACACUCCAGGUUCCCACACACGUUAGAUGCACAAUAUAAGUUAGGUUAUAGUUAGGCGGAGUAAACCUGAAUUAACUUCUAUUUUAAUAUAGAGGGGGAGUGAUAAUAUAAUUGAAAAAUGAACACCCCAAUAUUACAAAAUACAAACAUUGCAGUGUUCCUUUAACUUUUGGGUGACCUUUUCAGCUAAUAACAUAAAUGUUGGUUGAAGAUUUUCUGAAGAACUCUAGAUAUUCCAGUUUUCUAUGUUUUUGUUUUGUUGUGUCGUACACCAUUACAUGUGUUUUCUAUACAGUGUCCCAUGUAUGACAUUGCAUUUCUGUAAAACCCUGUAAUCAGAAUGACUCAGACAGCACAGAUGCAGUUUCAAGGCCAGAGCUUGAGUAGCCUUUUAAAACUUUCUCAACCAGCUCCAGCUGGAUUAACAUAGUCUAAUGGAGCUGCAGCUCCAGGCCUGCGGGAUAAGCCCACGGAUCCAAAAAAAGGGGAAACAAGUCCAUGCUAUUCCUCAAUGCUCUUGUUCACGUUCCAUUUCCUCAUGUUUUAAACAGCAACUCUUCCUUUUUCAGUGUCUGAGUUUUCAGCUGAUAUUAACGAUCAGCUCCUUCAAUAUGUUGCCACGGUUACUCACUUGAUAGUAGUAACCAGCCCUGCUGCUAAUCAGUUCAGCCUAUUUAACCCCUUAAGGACACAGCUUCAGAAGCUUGACUUACGCUUAAUGACACAAGCAAUUUUUGCAUUUUCUUGCUGUUUGCGUUCAACUGCAAUUUGCAUCUCUCUCAUUUAUUGCACCGACACAUAUUAUAUACUGUUUUUUAAAGGACAGAAAGGGCUUUAAUUUGAUAUAACAUAUAUAUAUAUAAAUGCUUACUUAUUAUAAAAAAAUACAGAAAAAUGCAAAAAAAAUGAAAAAUGUUUUUUUUUUUACAGUUUUUGCAAUAAUAAUGUGUGCAUAAUUAGUGCAGGUUAAGGAAAGUAAUUAAAAAUAAAUUUAUUUAUUUGUUCUGAUUUACAGAAUAUAUAAUGUGUCUGGGAUUUUAAGUUUUUUUUGGUAGUUACAGGUCACAAAGCACAAGGAGUAAAAUAAACUUUUAAUGUGGAGCGAUUUUAGAAUUUGGUAUGUUUGUCUUGUAAGCUUAAUAGCCAUAAAAGAAAACAAAAUUGCCACACAAAAGUAUAUAUUUAUAUAAAGUAGACAUCACGGGCUAUUUACCUAAGGUUGUUUUGACACUUUCUACGUAGCCAUUUCACCGCCAACCUCUGCUAAAUAUUGGAGUAAAAUUGUGUUCUUUUUGGUUUUUGGCACACAAACUUAUAACAGAGAAAUUCUCGUGUAUAUUUUGUAAAGUUGGUGUGUGCUAUUCCUGUACAAAGUUUUAUUUUGUGUUCAGUUACAUCUGCUGAGUAAAAUGACACCCCCAUUGUAUGUCUUUUGCACUAUUUCGUGAAGUUACAGUGCCAUACAGGAUACCUGUCCUUUUCAGUAUUCACAGUAGAAUUUUGAGAAAUGGAUUUAAUGAGCCUUAGCUUCCAUUUUGGGGUAUUAUAACAGUUUGGCUGUUCAAAAAACCCCCACAAAGGCCUACCAUUUGUAAAAGUAGACACUCCAGGGUAUCUUAUAAGGUGCAUAUUGUGCCUUAACAUGCCCCCAUUUUUUCACCAAUAUAUGCCAAAGUAUGUGGUAAAAAAUAAUUUUGUGCAUUUUUUACAUACGGAUUGCAUUUUUGCUGGGCGUUUUGUAUAUUUCAUAUGUGCCACUAAGUUCAAACCCCCAAAUUAUGCUCAGCUAAGUCUUCUGAGUAAAAUGACACCCCAUAUGAAUGUCUUUGGCACUAUUUCGUGAAGCUACAGUGCCAUAUAGGAGACCAAGCCAUAUCCGUUUUUACCAAACUUUGAAUUUUGACGCUGGGCCUAUGUGCAAUUUCCAAGCAUCUUCACAGGUUUUAAAUUCAAACUACCCCACAAAGGCCUACCAUUUCUUAAAGUAGACACCCCAGGGUGUUUCAAAAGGUAUAGUUUGAACCUUAGCGUGGGAUCAUUUUUCCGCUAGCUUGUACCAGAUGUAGUGGUAAUAAGCGUUUUUUCUGCCUUUUUGACAUACAAAGUGAGUUUGCACAGUAUAUUUUGCAAACCUUAUGUGUGCUACGACUGUAUAAUACUUCAUAUGUUGCUCAGCUAUGUCGGCUGAGUACAGCAAUACCCCCGUAUGUACCUUUGCCAGGUAUGUGUGGACAUCGGAGGGGCACAUUUGGGACACAGCCAUUCCAGUUUUUUUCAAACUUUGAAUUUUUAUGCUGUGCCUAUGUCCCAUUUUAGAGUAUUUUACCAGGCUAUAUAAUCCAAAUUCCCCAUAAAGCCAUGCCAUUUCUUAAAGAAGACAUCCCAGGGUAUUUCAAAAGGCAUAUUUUGAACCUUAGCGUGGGAUCAUUUUUCCGCUAGCUUGUACCAAGUGUAGUGGUAAUAAGCAUUUUUUCUGCCUUUUUGACAUACAAAGUGAGUUUGCGCAGCAUAUUUUGCAAACCUUAUGUGUGCUAUGACUGUAUAAUACUUCAUAUGUUGCUCAGCUAUGUCGGCUGAGUACAGCAAUACCCCCGUAUGUACCUUUGCCAGGUAUAUGUGGAUGUUGAAGGGGCGCAUUUGAGACGCAGCCAUUCAGUUUUUUUCUAACUUUGAAGUUUUACGCUGUGUCCAUGUUCCAAUUUGGAGUAGUUUAGACGGUUGGUUAUUGAAACUUCCCCACAAACACAUACUAUUUAUUAAAGAAUACACCCUGGGGUAAUUCAAAAGGCAUAUUUUGAACCUUGGUGUGGGAUAAUUUUUUCUCUAGUUUGUUCCAGGUGUAGUGGUAAUGAGCGUUUUUAAAAUGUAUUUUUUUACUUUUUAUAACUUUUUUACUUUUAAAAACUAGUUUUUAAACUUUUGUUUUGCUUAUAAAUUUUUUUUAAACUUUCCUAAACUUUCUUAAAACUUUUUUACAGAUUUAACAUUUUUCUAAGCUUUUUUUUUUACCGUUAACCCCUAACUAGCAGUACGCAGCACUAACAGUAAAUUCCCCAUUUUCCCAUAACUCCCACCCACCCCAGCUAGCAAAAUAUAUAGUUAUAAAAUAUUUUAAAUUAAUUAAUUAAAUAAAUUGAACCCCUGAGGGUUAAAAAAAUAAAUAAAAGUUAAUCCUCAGGGGUUAAAAAAAAUUAGAUCACAGUAUAAUACUGUGAUCUCUAUUUGAUCGCUGUAGGCAGUGAUCGACUGGCAGGGAAGGGGUUAAUUUUUAUUUGGACUAGGUAAAGUGUGUUUUUUUUGUUUUUUUUUACUUAAAUGUUAUUAAAACAUUUUUUUAAGCUUAAUUUUUAACUUUUUAAAGUUUCUUUUAAAACUUUUUUUAACGUUAACCCCUAGUUAGCCUAACUCCAAAUCCCCCAAUUCCCCACUAACUUCCACCCACCCCAGCUAUCUAAAUACAUAAUUAAAAAAUAAUUUAAUUAAUUUAAUUAAUUUACCCCCUGAGGGUUAAAAAAAAAAAAAGAAUUAACCCUCAGGGGUUAAAAAAAAAAAUCAGAUCAUAGUAAAAUGUAAUCCCUGCCAAUUGAUCACUGUAGUCAGUGAUCAAUUGGCAGGGAAGGGGUUAAUUUUUUAUUAAAAUGGGUAAGGGGGGACUUUAAAUAAACUUUAUUUUUUUAAACAGCAGGGGGCAGGAUCAGCACUGAUCCGGCUCCCUGCACUUCACACAGAACCCGGAAGUGCAGGGAGCCGGUAGGUGAGUAUAGAGAGCACAUGUGCUCGCUCAGACUUGCGGUCAGAGCGAGCACAUGUGCUGGGCAGACUGACCGGGUGCUCCCGGUAUGCCUCUAAUGCAGAGGCAUACUGGGAGCACCAUUAACCCCGCGAUCGCCGCGAUAGCGGCGAUCCGGGGUUAAUUUUACCGCGUGACGGACGAGGUCCGUCACCCGUCGUUAAGGGUCUCCCCUGUGUGACGGACCUCGUCCGUCACCCGUCCUGAAGGGGUUAAGCAGCUAAUCCCAGUACCUCCUUGCCCUGUCCCCCAGAAGUCUCCUUGUUCCUGUGUUUGGACACUCAUAUAGAUGCAAACAUUGACACACACAGAUACAGAGGGGCACACACUGAUACACAUAUAGACCGACAGAUACACACCUACAGACACAAAGCUACACAUAUACAAACACACAGAAACACAAAUACAGACAGAUACACACAUUGAAAAUAUACAUUUGUAGUCACCCUCCCUGCAGCAUUGCCUCCACCAGUUCCAUGACAUUCAGGAGUUAUGGCUGUUCUAGCGCUUUCUAUGUUUACUCAUCCUAUAUACAACUGACCGGACUAAAUACAUAACCACAAACAUAAACACCGGUAUAAAAGCAGUUGCUUACCCCAAGUCCUUGUAGAUGAAACGCCAAGCAAGAAAGUUCGUUUUGUGAGAACACUUCAACAAAGUAACGUAGAAAACCUUUAAUUGGCACUUGAAGAAAUACAAAAACAUUCAGAAAUUGUCUCUUCCUGUCAGAAAUAUUUCAUAAAUAUGUAAUCAAGUGCCAUAUCACAUUGUAAAAAAAAGUUAUACUUUUUAAAGAAGCUUUAUUUGUGGCAUCGAGACAAUUACAGCAGUAUAAGAAGGUAAAUAAGUAACGCAGGAGACGCGCAGGUCUCUCAAACCUAUAACAAUGUUACCAAGCUCAAUACAAUUGAGUGACUUUGUUAUCUCUUCCUUUUCCUCCCUUUCCUUUUUUUUUUUUUUUUGUAAAUCAGGGUUUCAUUAAGGCACAAGUGGAUACAUGACUCUUGACCAUAUGUGUGAUAACAUGAGUAAGACGCGCAGUUCUCAGUACUAAACGGUUGCAUAACACAAUUCAGGCAUCGUCACUUAGUUAAGAAGUAAUAUGUUAACAGUGAGCUUUAAAGGUUUCGUGUUAGAGUUGGUGUAUGGAACCUCGAAGGACUGUAGAAAGGGUAGGGUGGAAUAAGUAAAAUAGAAGGAUGGGGGGGAGCUAUAUAUCUGUUGUUAUAUACAUUGUGGGGACAUCUUACUGGUGUGAGUGUCUUUGUGCGGGUUAUUGCAGUAUAUCAUCACAGGCAUGUGACCCAUAAGUUUCAGGUUCUUUCUAGAAAGGGUGAUUCACUUACAAUUGGGGCCUGCUUACUCUGUUGCUUGCUUUGUUGAUUCUUCUUAGUUUGUUAUCCCCUGUGAAUAGGUAUGUAUGAGGGAAUGGUGGUGUAUCUUUUUCCCUGGACGUCACCAGUGAAUGUGACAGUAUUUUUGUGCUGGCAGGGGACUCACAAGUAGGUUACAAGCAGACAACCAUGUCAUUUAGGGUGGACUUGGAGGUCCAAACUGGGGGGGAGGGGCAGAAUGGUCCCAGUAUACAAAACAGUCAGCUGUACAAACUGUAGUUUCCAUAAUGCGGAGGGGAUACAGGCGUUAUAUUCAAUGUAGGAAGGUGGUAAUAGAGACCGGGUCAUGGGCGUCUCGCGUCUCCAGUGUGCGUUUUGGAGACUUCCAGACCUCAAGAGGCCAACAAAGGGACCCUAUUGGAAAAGUAUAGAUCCUACAGAGUUAGUGCUCUGUGACUUUAGGUGUGCGGAGUAGCCGUCGGUCGCCAUUUCUGUGAGAGGCUCAUCUAGAUGCCCGUCUGUCUGGAUGGGGGGCAUGUGAAUGGGCAUCCAGAGUUCAGGUCAGAGGGUGAGGCUGAAGAGAGGAAGGAGUAUCAGAGAGAGCUGGGUCGGGGGGCGAGACCAAGAGCCAGUCCACCUGCCGGAAGUUUGUAUGUCUCGAUUGUUAUUGCAAAUCAGAGGUGACCCGUGCAGGGGGUGUCCCGCUAUCGGGGAAGGAUUUUCCAAGUCUCCCCCUAUUACAGUGUGUCCCCUCCAUCCCCCGUCCCCUGCCCCGCCAUGUAAGCCGGCCACGGCCACCAUCUCUCCACAUGCCUCUCCUCAGUUCAUAGUAGCGAUGCCUGCACCAACUCUGCAUUGUAUAUCUCCUCUACUCUUUCUACCAUUGAACCGUUGUGGGGGUCGUGUCUUGCUUUCAGUGUAAUGGGAUCAGGACCUUAGCAUUCAGGAGAUGUUGGAGGAUAGAUUUUCUGUAGACCCAAAUGGUGGUUGGUGGGGAGUGCAGACAGGCCAUUUCCAUGGCAAACCAUCCUGUGUCGCUGAGGGUUUCACCAUUUCCCAGAAGAGUGCCAUGCAUUGGCAUUCCCAACAGAUAUGUGUUAUCGUUUCCAGGCCCACUCCGCAUCUCCAACACAAAUUAGGCACAUCUGGGAAGAUUCUGUGUAGGCUAUCGGGUGUCCUGUACAAAAAUGCCAAAAAUGUAAAGUUGGCCUCCUAGAACUUGGAGCUCGAGGAGCAUUUGUGGUGUAGAAUCAGUAUCUUUUCUCAUUGGGCGUCAGUGAAUGAUUUGGCAAGUAUCCAAAAAAUAUAUUUCAUUUGUGUGUAUCGGAAUAUUUGCAGACUCCGUUAGCUCCUGUAAGGGUUUCAUACCCGCAUUGUGUAAUAUCCUGUGCAUAAGGAGAAAGUCUUCCCCGCCGAGGAGGUCCCAGGUCUCUGGUGGCAGUCCCCCUCCUAUCUCAGGAUUGUGUUGUUUCUGGAUCAGCGGGCUUGGUUUUGGAGACAAAUGGGAAGCCCCCCUGAUGUUAUCCCAGGUCUUCAACAUUUGAGCCACUGCAGAAGUGGAAUCUAGGGUCCUUGAUGCAGACUUUCCUGAGUUCCAUAUGGCCGGGAGAAGAGAUGGGUGCAAAUGACCCUUGUUGAGUACAAUCCACUGUUUGUGCAUUGGGUGGGUAUGCCAUUCCAGUACCCUCUGUAGAAGGGUUGCAUGGUGAUUUUUGCGCAGAUCAGAGCGUGCCAGGCUGCUCCAGGCCCGUGGAAGGCAUAGUAGGUCAUGGUGGAGUCGGGCCUGACUUCCGUCUCAUACAUAGUGGAGCAAGAGGAAGAGAAGAAGGCCGUUGGUAGGGCAAGGGGAAUUGUUUGGUAGAGGAAUAGUACCCUAGGUAGUAUUUUCAUCUUCCGUAUUGCAAUUCUGCCGAACCAUGAUAUGUAUAGGGGUAGGACCAUUUCUUCAGGUCUUGUUGUAUACGUUGGAGGAGGGGUAGGAAAUUUGCCUGGUAUAAGGCUCCCAGAUCGGCGGUGAGAACCGUUCCCAGGUAUCGCAUGUGGGAUGUGCACCAUCGGAAUGGAAACCAGUGUUUCAGGGCAUCGGUGUCAGCCACUGGUACUGUGAGGUUGAGCACUUCACGUUUUGACAUAUUCAGUUUGAAGCCGGAGAGUGUGGUCUCCGGAUCGUUAAUGAAAAACAGGAGGUCAUCCACAUAGGCAGCGACUUUGUGUGUUGUGGACUUGUAAAACCAUGCACCUUUGCACUGCCUCCAGAAACAAUUCAUGGGUGAGCAUGGAAUCCCAUGGCUAACCUUUGGAUGCACUAUUCAGCAAGUCCAUUUUCAUAGACGUAUAUGGCUCUCUUAGAUCUUAAAGGAACAAAGAGGGGAUCUGCCCUGUACAGGAGAGUCUGGAUUUAGGCAUUACAUUAAAUAGACUUUUUUUGAGAAGGUGGAUGCUCUUUCUUGGAUAAUACUCAAUCAGGAUUACCUCACUUGUUUCAGCAACAGCACCCAGAAUUCUACAGGAUACUACAGGCACACGGAGACCUUUCUCCAACUCUGAGGCUGAAUCUUAUGGACCUGCGUGGGGCAAACUAACAGAGGGGUUGUUAUAAUUCUAUUGUCUGGUACUGGCACCAUACUUUGUAUUUGGCAUGGACAUAAAAAAUAAAAAAUACAAAAGGCCUGUCUAAACUCAAUAACAUGGCACGCUCUCCUUUCAACCGAGACCAUCCUAGCUGCCAUAAUUAUUUACUCUGAGCAAAAUAGUUUUUCAUGAUGGCAAACACUCCUGAAGCUAUGACUGCACCUUGCUGUGGAGAGGGAUCUAUGAGAUAUUGCCAUACUAUUCAUUUUUAAAUGGAGUCCCUGAUAUUGGACUAUGAAGUUGUCCUAUAGGCAUGUUGAGGACAUAUGAGUAAUUGGGACAUGCAUGGGCUAACCAUAACAGCUCUUACUUUAUGCUGAAUCCAAUUUGUCUUCUAAGGUCCUCCUAAAUAGACUUUUACAGUGAGCUCUGUCCAAAUCAGAAAGUGACUGCCAAUCUCUGCAGCACACCCCACAGAUACUUGUGUGAUGCGUGAGAAGGUGCCUCUGUGACAAAAAUUGAUGGUGGAUGCUUUGCAUUUUUGGCAAUCUUGGUCUUUACCAUGAGACAACGUCUCAAUGUUUCUUAUCUCUUUUGACCGAGUUGGGAUUUCAAUGAAACUUUCUCUUUAUUUAAUACUCAGUGUUCAGAAGUGACCAAGGCAUUUUGACGUGUGCGCUAAGCUCUGGCUGUGCCGUUUGCUAUCUGAUGCUAAAAUCUCACAAGUGGCACAUUAUAGUAUCAGGAUAUUAAUGUCACACUGUAGAUGCACAUGACUUGCGACGUAGACUGUAACAAAACUGAUUCCAAAAAAUAAUGAGCAAAAAAAAUGCACUCCAAGCAGUUUUAUAUUCUAUAUAUUUUGUUUUUUUUUUCAUUUUUUUUGUUUUGUUUUUUUUGUGUGGUUUUCCUGUGAUAACAAGGUAUUUGAAGGAGUUUCAGUGAUUGGUCUGAUUCUCUGUACCUGGGGUUCUACACCUGGGGUUGCACCUGGCAGUAGCCCCUGGUAUUUGUCACAAGCAAUGUAUCUGGAUCAGCUGCCUACAGACAGGCUCUGCCAGAAGAACUCGAGGUUGUGGGAUGUGAUGUACUGUGCCUUCUCGUCCCCUCCCACCCCCCUGACGUAGGGGCCAACUCCUACCCUGCUCACAGUGUGUGAUUGGCAGAGUUUGGAGGAUGUGUCCUAUAUAAAGCAUGCACACGGUUAAUUUGGCUAAAACUGCAACAGAGCAAGUGAGGUGAGUGAGUUCAUUAUAUCAUGAGAUGUGUGUGUUGUAUAAUGUGUGUGUGUGUAAAAGUGAUGUAUAAUGUGUGUGUGUGUGUGUGUGUAAAUGUGAUGUAUAAUUGUGUGUGUGUGUGAAUAAAUAGUUUUUUGUUUUUUUGUGUAUAGCAUUGCUGGUCAUGAACUUUCUCCCUUUUAACCAGAUUAUUCCUUUUUUAACCCGAUUACCCCUUUAAAUAUUACUUCUUUAAACUGACCAGCGGUGCUGUUAAUGUAGAUUUCACUAUACAUUUUCUAUGUGUGCUGAGCCUGCAGAAUAUCACUCCCCACAUCUUUAGGGCUUUUUUUUCACGAAACACUAAAUGCUGGUGAAUGGAGAACCACAUUGCAAAUAUUAGAACCGAAUCCUGGCUUUGGGAAAAUUCUCAAACGCCGCUCUAGUCCCAGCGAAGGUACUUUAAUCUAAAUUCUGCGAUUUGGUGCGACCCUUUCAAUGUAUAGCGCUUCCUCUUUAAUGUGUGUCCCCUGCAAGGCUGGAGUAACAAUGUGCAGUCACCAUAAAUGAUAGGGAGAAGGAAGGGGGAUUCGGUGGAUAUUCUGCUCUGUCUGGCACUGGAAGGGUUAUCUCACAAUGUGCAGUCACCAUAAAUGAUAGGGAGAAGGAAGGGGGAUUCGGUGGAUAUUCUGCUCUGUCUGGCACUGGAAGGGUUAUCUCACAAUGUGCAGUCACCAUAAAUGAUAGGGAGAAGGAAGGGGGAUUCGGUGGAUAUUCUGCUCUGUCUGGCACUGGAAGGGUUAUCUCACAAUGUGCAGUCACCAUAAAUGAUAGGGAGAAGGAAGGGGGAUUCGGUGGAUAUUCUGCUCUGUCUGGCACUGGAAGGGUUAUCUCACAAUGUGCAGUCACCAUAAAUGAUAGGGAGAAGGAAGGGGGAUUCGGUGGAUAUUCUGCUCUGUCUGGCACUGGAAGGGUUAUCUCACAAUGUGCAGUCACCAUAAAUGAUAGGGAGAAGGAAGGGGGAUUCGGUGGAUAUUCUGCUCUCUUGCCUGGCACUGGAAGGGUUAUCUCACAAUGUGCAGUCACCAUAAAUGAUAGGGAGAAGGAAGGGGGAUUCGGUGGAUAUUCUGCUCUGUCUGGCACUGAAAGGGUUCUCACAAUGUGCAGUCACCAUAAAUGAUAGGGAGAAGGAAGGGGGAUUCGGUGGAUAUUCUGCUCUGUCUGGCACUGCAAGGGUUAUCUCACAAUGUGCAGUCACCAUAAAUGAUAGGGAGAAGGAAGGGGGAUUCGGUGGAUAUUCUGCUGUCUGGCACUGGAAGGGUUAUCUCACAAUGUGCAGUCACCAUAAAUGAUAGGGAGAAGGAAGGGGGAUUCGGUGGAUAUUCUGCUCUGUCUGGCACUGAAAGGGUUCUCACAAUGUGCAGUCACCAUAAAUGAUAGGGAGAAGGAAGGGGGAUUCGGUGGAUAUUCUGCUCUCUUGCCUGGCACUGAAAGGGUUAUCUCACAAUGUGCAGUCACCAUAAAUGAUAGGGAGAAGGAAGGGGGAUUCGGUGGAUAUUCUGCUCUGUCUGGCACUGAAAGGGUUCUCACAAUGUGCAGUCACCAUAAAUGAUAGGGAGAAGGAAGGGGGAUUCGGUGGAUAUUCUGCUCUCUUGCCUGGCACUGAAAGGGUUAUCUCACAAUGUGCUGGCUGUUAGAGGACAGAUUGCUGGAUAAUGAGGCCCGUGUGGAGCUGCCUUUCAGUCUAUAGACCCUCUGUCUAGCCGAUAGAAUGUAGCUGGCUGUGACAUUCGAUGCUGGGCAUUACACAAUAUUCUCUACACUGGUGUCCAGUUGGAUUCAUUGAUACAACUUUGCUCUGGGUUAGUGAACGUGUUUGGCUAAUGUGCUGCGGAGAAACCAGAGGGGGGGGGGUUGCAAAUUUUAGCCCAAAAUAUCUAAGCUGCAAAAAUUGCCGAGUGGGCUAGCUUUCCAUUUUCACUCUCCCCAAAUCUGAGUUUAAUUAAAGUCCAAACCUAUCUCUCGGUUGCUGUCAAUCAGACUCCGUUUUGUUGCUUUAUCUGUAUGUGUAGUGCUGCACAUUUUAUUAUUCACCAUAACAGGCUUUUCCUCGAAAUACAGGGACAUGUCUCUACGUGUCAAAAUUUUUCUGGACUAAAUUAGUUUUUUUUCCCCUGCGCGAUUCGUUUACCCGAAUUUCUCAUUACACCAUUGAGUCUGUGACCUGCAAUACUUUGAUUACUGUUUUUGUUUGUUUGUUUGUUUGUUUUUACUCUUGUCGUAUUGCUGCCUGCUGUUUUAUAUUAAUGAGAUUCUUUUCAUAGAAAUAAUUAAUUUUAUUUAAAGAUGGCGAGAGUUUUGCACCUGGAGCAUUGUGCAGUGAGCAUCACAAUCUGUGGUUUCAUUAUUUAGAAUUUGGUGUCUCCCAGGUCAAUACAUUUAAUACCAUUAAGCUGAUACUAACAAAUAGAUGUUUUACUAUUAUUACAAUUAUUUAGAAUAUAAAUGGCCCAUAACUUGUCACUUUCAAACUGAAGGCCAACAACCAAUCAGGCUCCCUCGCUGCUUCUGCUGUCAUCAAUUGUUUUUUUAUGUACCAUCCACAGGAAAGAUCUUAACUCCCAUCACUCUCUGUCAGCUAAUGGUUGGCAAUCAGUGGUGCCAUCUGUGUAUGAGUGCACAUACUCCAUUGUGAUAUUGGCAAAGGAGAGUGGCAUGUGUCUUCGAAAAGUGAUGAGAUGGAAUUCAAAUACAAAAUCAACAAUACUUUUUUUUUUUUUUCUAAACCAAUUGUAAAAAAGACGAUGAAAGCAAAUGUUAAGUUUAGACUCCAAAAGAAUUUCUCAGAGUUGUAAAAGCAGGUGUGCAGCUCUGACUACUCAAAUUCCAAGCAAUAGUAAACUUAUACAACAGAACAAAAGCUGAAAUGGUUUUCUUCUUCUAAAACUGGACGAUCACCUACUUCAUACUGUUCAGAGUUAAGUAUUGGGUCAGAUUAUGCCAUAGUUUGUUUCUUUCUAUAGAAUUCAUUCCUCUCUCAAGCACAACCUAUUAUGCACGUUACACAGAGAAGUUAACUUUUAUAAAGCACAUUUCUGGCCCCUCCAUUUAUUUUAAUGCUCCACCAUUCAGAUGACAGAGUUGUCAAUGUGAUGCAUUUUUGGAAUAUAGUCUUUACAUUUUCCUUCUGCAUUUUUGCUUGUUCAUAUACGUUCUACUGAGAAGCCUAAUAUGGAUAUAUAUAUAUAUAUAUUAAAAGUCUUAGCAUAAAUCUCCAUCAACGUUUCGACCCUUCAGGGUCUUCUGAAGGGUCGAAACGUUGAUGUAGAUUUGUGUUAAGACUGUUAAUACACAUUUGAAAAAUCCAAGUGAGUGCUCCUGUUUUUAACUUCAUAUCUACUGGCCUGGAGGCACCCUGGUAAUAUCACUACUUUUGUUUUUUUUGGAGUUGAGUGCCAGAGUCUGGACUGAUAGAUAGAGAUAGAUAUAGAUAGAUAUAUAUAUAUAUAUAUAUAUAUAUAUAAUUUAUUUUUUUUUCCCCUCAAAUUUUAAACAGCCCCCCCCCCCAUAAUCCAUACUAAUGGGGUUAUAUACCCUGAUGAAAGUCCACAAGAUGGACUGAAACGUUGAUCUGUUUUAAAAGUACCUGGAAUAAAAGUUAAUUUUUGCAGCCACACUACCCGAUUUUAUAUGGAUACUCAAGCCCUGGUAAUGCACCCGGUUUGGCAAGUUUGAAGCCUGUGUGCAAGGUAUAGUUUAAUAUAUUAUAUUUUAUUAUUUAUAUAUAUAUAUAUAUAUAUAUAUAUAUAUAUAUAUAUAUAUAAUUUUUUAUUUAUUUUUUUUCAAAAAUUUUAAACAGCCCCCCCAUAACCAAUACUAAUGGGGUUAUAUCAGUCCCAUGUUUAGUAGUAUAAAAUGCAGUUUUACAGUUUGUUCCCCUGUUAAGUGGUGUAAUAUGUAAUUUUACAGUUUGUUCCCCUGUUAAGUGGUGUAAUAUGCUGUUUUGCAGUCUGUUCCCGUGUUUAGUGGUGUAAUAUGCUGUUUUGCAGUCUGUUCCCGUGUUUAGUGGUGUAAUAUGCUGUUUUGCAGUCUGUUCCCGUGUUUAGUGGUGUAUUUCCCUGUGUUUAUAUUCUAUAAUGACGGUUUGUUGCUCUGGAUUGAUACAUUGAAGUUCUGCAAGCAAUGAUACAAUUAUUAAGAUAACGGAUGUAUGUUUCAUUGUAUUUUUGUAACUGGUCUGAAUGCAGUGUUCUUAUUCUGCUCUGUGCAUUCCUGGUAUUUCUAUUUCCCUCCAGUUGGCUAGUGGGGAUUGUGCAUCUAAUCACGUAGCCCUGAAUGAGCUGAUUUAGAAAGUACUCUCCUUUGCCAUACGACCAGCCUGAGUGGAUCGAGAAAGAGCUAACCCUUUCACUGCCUGCAAGGUCUAUUAUACAUUGCUGUAUAAGCCUCUAAAUCAUGGGUAGUCAACCUGGUCCCUACCGCCCACUAGUGGGCGGUUUGGGAUUUCAGGUGGGUGGUGGUGGGUUCUUCAGAAAAUGUCCGGUGGGCCUCGAUCUCGCCAUGAACCAAGGCCGGCAGGGGAGAUACUUUCAUCUCCCCUGCUGGCCCAUGCAGAGACAGCCUUGCUGGUGAGAAAAGAUCUCCCUCUCUUGGGCUGGUGAGGAAAUCAAAGAUCUCCUUCACUGGGCCGCUGGCAUUUAGUUCCAACAGAGGGAGGGCAGGGCCUGGGAGGCUCUGUGAUCCUCCCGUGAGCAGGUUGGACGGUGCGCUGCCGCGCGUUACUAUGUCAACGCUCCAAUUCAGCGCUGUGCUCGCAGGAGGACAGGAGUGUCAGUCUGCAGCUAAAGGAGCUGCAGACGAAAGUGAACAUGCCACCACUGGACCACCAGGGCUUGCAGCAUUAUGUCCCCUCGCCUCUGGUAAAAGCUAAGAAAGAGGGAGACAUUAAGAUAAAUUUUCACAUCUCUCCCACCUACAUACAGCAUAGACCCUAUGCACACUGCUUCCCUCACGCACACUGCUUCCCUCAGACACACACACACUUCCACCCUCACACAACUACAGCACCCUUCACACUCACACAGCACCUCUUAUACAUACACACACUGCACCACUAACAAACACACUGCACCUCUCGCGCACACACACUGCACCUCUCGCGCGCACACACACACACACACACACACAGCACCAUUUGAUGCAUUUAAUUGCUUGAUGGUGCAACACCAUUCUUUCACAAUCUUAAAAUAUGGCCCUUGUUAAAUAUUUCUGAUCAUCGGGCUUACAGGAAACAGAUCCCGGUGCUCCUAGUGUGGAGCCACAAUAAUCAACUAAUAAAUUAAUAAUGAGGGCUUGAAAUUAUUGCCGUUGCUCUGUGUUCUGUUCAGUUUUACUUAUAAAGUGUGUGUGUGUGUGUGUGUGUGUGUGUAUGUAUGUUUCUUUAUUUUAUUGUGCAUAGAAAUUAACAGGUAGCCCUGAUGCACCACAACAGCGUCUGCAGGGUAGAUUGAGAAACAUUUGCAUCAUACAGUGUGGCAUUUGCUGGACAGGCACAUUUUUAUAUAUAUUUAUAAAAUCCAUAUUCUAACAGUGUUCAAGAAUUGUAAAUGCAGGUUAAACUAUACGUUUGUAGGUAUGUUAACUGAUGUACAGGAGAUUGUCUGGUGUCACAUGUAAGUUCAGAAUCGUGUGUGUGUGUGUGUGUGUAUAUAUAUAUAUAUUUUAUUCUUUUUAUUUUUUUUGUAGCUUUUGAAGUGAAAGAUGCCAGUUUUAAGGACGUUGACAAGAACUGUUAAGCCUAUCCUGCAGGGUCCUGUCUGUGGGUGCCAGACCUUGGUUACACAGGCUCGUUUCAUUGGUUUCUCACCUCGCCAAGUGCCGUCCGAUGCCAGUUUUCACUCUGUGUCUUUCUCAGAGACUGACCACCCACGUGUGCUCAUCACAGGUCUGUACUAAAGUGUUUGUUUUUUUCUGUCAGUUUUCCUACAGUUUUCCUUCUAAAUUCCCAUUUGAACUGUUUUGUGAAUUCUACAUUAAAGGGUCAUUGUAGGCAUAUAAAUUAAGUAGUUCUAGUGUUAUUGUGUCUGACACCUUCUUUAAACUGUUUUAAAUGUUUUAAUUCUGAACGAGAGUUCCCAGUAGCCCAUCCCCUAUGUUCUGCUUGGGGUAAUGAGGAAGAAUUAGCCUGAGCACCAGAGGGCAGCUGUGAUAGGCUGAACACGGUCAGCUAACAGUCUCAGCCAAUCACAGUGCCAAUUACUGGUAGAAAUUAGCUUGACUCUAAGGAAGUGCCUAAUCUCUGCAUUAGCCAAAUCUCUAGGAGGGGCUGGGCUGUGGAAGGCAAGGGACCAUUAUUUAGUGUUACACUGUUAAAAAAUGGUUUAACAUUUAAUGGAGGGACUCCAGAUACUAAAAGCAAUUAAAUAACAUAAAAUGGUCAUAGUGCCUAUAGUGUCCCUUUAAUGGCAAAAUUUUUGCUUGAAAUGUAUUUUAAAGGGACACCGUAGGCACUGUAUCUGCUUCAUCUCAUUAAACUGGUUCUAGUGUAUGGAGUCCCCUGGUGCCAUCAUUUCUUUCAGCAUUAAACAGUUUUCAAUGUUGUAAUGUUUUAAUGCUAAACAAGAGACCACGGCAGUCCAUCCCCUCUGUGCUGCUUUGGCUAAUAAGGAAGUAUUACUCUGAGCAGCAAUGAGCAGCUGUGAUUGGCUGAGAGUGUCAGCUGACUGCUUUUAACCUGUCAGAGCUCCAACUGACGGUAUGAAUGGGUAUGACAACAAGGAAGUGUGUAAUCUCUGCCUUAGCUACACAUACAGAAGGGGCCGGACUGUGGGUGGCCAGGGACUCUUAUUUUGUGGCAUACUGCACAAACAUGGUGCAACACUGAAUGGAGGGACAGUGCCAGGGCACUCCAGGCACUAUAACCAAUUCAAAGAGACAAAGUGGUUAUAGUGACUACAGUGUCCCUUUAAUAUUGUAUGUAUUAAUAUCAGUAAAAUACAGCAUAGGAUUCAACACUUGUCAACCUCUAACACUGAAAGUCUGUUAUGUCAUUAAUGUCAAUGUUCUUUCAUUAAGAAGGAUGCUUAGAAGUCUUGCUUGUUUUCACAUGAAUGAGUUUAGCCUAUAUUAUAUUAUACAGUGGUACCUCUGUUUACAAAUGCCUCGGUAAACAUAAUUUUCGGUUUACAAAUGAAAAUCCAUUGAAAAUAAUGCCUCGGUUUACGAAUUUUGUUCGCAACACGAAGCAAGUUUUCCCCAGGGUGCAUUGCACCUGGGAGGUUUAUAGCGUCGACCCAGUGCGUGCUGGAGUCUGUGGGUUGCAUGUGGCAUCAAGUGUGGAGGUGUUGGAGGAGUUUUUGCAUCGAGUUUUGGAGCCAAUCUGGAAAACAAUUUGCAGCGGUUUUGGGACUUUUUGGAACUUUUUUGGUGCAUUUCUCAAACGGUGGAAAGGUAGGGAGCUGAGCUUCAUUGUUUGCAUGCCUUUUACUGUGUGUUCUGCAUUUUGGGUUGGUUUCCAUGCCUGCUAAUUUAGACUUUUUUUCUGACUUCCGGAUUCAUUGGUUUUCAGAGCAUUCCUAUGGGAAAUCACGUUUCGGUUUACAAAUUUUUCACAAUACAAAACAUCCCGGAGAACGCAUUAAAUUUGUAAACUGGGGUACCACUGUAUUACGUAUAGAUUUUUUUAAUUAUAUCUUUAGCUGAAGACAUAUUGGGGUAACAUCCCUGGUCAAAGCUCUAAGUAAAGAGUUCAAGUUCCAUUAGUAAAUUAUUUUUAUUAUCAUGAGAGAAAUAAAAUGAGACCCGUUGAAUUAGAUGUUACAGCUUUAAACUCAUUUGCAAAUUACAGAAGAUUUUAACGUAUUAUUCCUGUUGGAACACUUGAUUAUAUUAUCUCCCAGGUUAGUAUUGUCUAUCAUGUUUUUUUUAUUCUAAAAUUCACUUUUUUUAAAAAUGUGUUUUCCAGGAGGACUGGGUCAGCUGGGAGUUGGACUCGCAAAGCUAUUGAGGUAAGGAAAUCUGAGAGAAUCCUACGUUCUUUGUGCCCAACAUUAAACAUGUUCUGGGAGCAAUAAUUUCCUAAAGUAAACACCGUUCUGUCCCAAGCAUCUGUAUUAUUUGGUCAUCUUAGAAAACAUCCAAAAAGUACAACAAACUACAAAAAUGUAACGAGAAGACUACUGUUCUCUCUAAACUAUGAAUUUUGGGAGGUCAACAACAAAAUCAUAAAAUGUAGCUAUGGGAAAUAGAUCUAACAAGCUUUUCAUCUCUCACAUUAGCCUGUAGUAUUGGGGUUCUCCAACCUUGGUCUAAAACUCUUGAGUUCUCUGUCAAUCAAAGGCUAUGCUCCAACUUGUCAGUGUUUGACCAUCAAUCAUGUGGAAGAAUCCUAUUCAUGACAAGCUUGUAGUGUUCAUGUAAAAUCAGAAGGUUCUUCCAGUCUGCUGGGAAAUACCUGUAAAAUACAUGGCUACAAACUGUCUUUUUAUUUUUUGUUUAUACCUAUGUAUUUAAGGUGUAUCUGUAUCCCUUGAUGGCUUCCAUUCCUUUGAAGGGCUGAGCUUCCCUCUGAGACUUGUAAAUUGUGUUGAUUUAAGAGAUUAAAGUGUUGGGAAUGAUGUGUCCUAGUAAAUGACAAGACACUUUGCUUAAUCUCACAGGAAACAAUACGGAAAGAACAAUGUGAUCUUGUCUGAUAUUCGUAAACCUCCAGACAGUGUCUUCUAUAGCGGUAAGUAUCAGGACCGUUUUAAAAGGGACACUCCACUGCCCAAAAAGAACAAAAACAAUACAAAUCACUGUGUAGUAGAUAUACCUCCACAUGCAUGCAUUUAAUUAUACAUUUUUAAUUGUGGGUAUAUCUAAAAACAGCUUGCAAAAGCUGAAGAUAACUUGACUGCAGCCUUCUGUAGCUGUCCAAUCACAGAGUUCCCAAUGCAACUCUAUGAGAAGUCUUUGCAAGGCAGGUCUUGUGGGCAUUUGCUGCGUUUUGGGUUUAGCUCCACUGAGCUAAGCUGCCAAGAAGUAACAGGACCUGUUGUGUGAUUGACAGCCAGGGGGUGUAACAAGGUUCAUUUGUAAAAGUAUCAAUUUCUCUUGAGAUCUGCAUUUUUUGGAAAAUGGGGAAAAAAAGAGGACACAUUCUUCAACAAGCUAAAAUUAGGGUCCCUUUAACUUGUAAUGUUUGGAUAAGUUAGAGAAGCAUAAUUGUUCUCAUAGGAUCAUUAUUCUGAUUAUUUGUAUAUAACACAGGAGCUAUUAUUGGGGAAAAACACAGCUGUUUUAGCAAAGCAACGUGGUGCCGAAUGUAUGGCCACAAUCCCUAUAACCAGCAUGUGUUUGGCAUAAUUCCACAAUCUAAGACGUAUCUCAAUGAACCUUUUUAAACUAGUGAGAAUUUAGAUUCCAUGAGCGUGACUGAUCGAUAUAAUUUUGUUUGCAUAAUUUUGAGAUGGUUUUCAUUAUAAUCUACUUGUCUUUCACCAAAGGGCCAUUUAUUUAUUCUGAUAUUUUGGACUACAAGAAUCUCCGUGAAAUAGUGGUGAACAAUCGCAUAAACUGGUUAAUCCAUUACAGUGCUUUGUUAAGUGCGGUCGGUGAGGCAAACGUUCCUUUGGCAAGAGCGGUCAAUAUCACCGGUAAGACCUUAAAGACACCAAACCUCAUACUUCUUGCUGUUCACCACACAGAUCUUCUUUUCUCCAAAGCUAAUUUCACAUAUUCUUUUCUGCAGGUCUCCAUAACAUCCUGGACAUUGCUGCUGAGCACGGGCUGCGCCUAUUCGUCCCCAGCACGAUAGGAGCUUUUGGUCCCUCGUCUCCCAGAAACCCCACACCAGAUCUUUGCAUUCAGAGGCCUAGAACAAUCUAUGGUGUUUCCAAAGUCCAUGCAGAACUCAUGGGAGAGGUACAUAAUUCUAACGUUGUGUCUAUGGCCUUCUUCCUCACUAGAUCUGAGUGUGGUGAUCUUAGAGUGGUAAGGCUUAAUGUACAAAAAGGGCAGAAUAACGGAAAGCCAACUCUAGUCGACAUACCAGAAUUAUACCUCAUUGCAAUUUCUGGCCAGAAUCACAUGAACCAGAGUGGGUAGUCAUACAACCUGUAUAUUUGAGCAAUCCUGGCUUGGAAGGAGUUGGCCAACGUGAAUCUUGCGAUAACAUGAGAUCCAAGAUGGCUACAGCAUGAAAGGCCCAAUGAGACAAACUCCCACGGACUCAGAGAGACUAACAAAACCAAAAAAUGAGAGUUCCAGGCACUCUUGGUACCCAGAGCAGACCCCAGUGACGAGAAACCUUCAGGGAACAGACUAUAAAGGAACAGUGGUAAUCAGACUGAGGACAUACAGGGUAACGUUAAUAAAGGAACUAAAAUAAAAUAGAAUACACAGAGAAUAAGGGGAACAGAGGGUAGACAGGUGUUGGGGCCCGUGAUGUAUGAACAAAUGGGGCACUAAUCGCUUAAAAGUACACCCUACUAAAUAGCAAUGUGUAACAACAGUAGGAGCAAAUACUCUGAUCUGUGCUGCUAUGUAGGAACAGCAAAAAAAGAGGAAGUGCUUUGGCUGACAGGGCCUUAUAUCACCUUGCAUCACCUUUCUGAUUGGUUGCUGGUUUUAUGAUUGUGUGCUGCUGGAGUUCACUAAAGAGCGUUGAAUGCAAAAUAUUCGCCUCCUGUCAUGGGGUAAAAUUAUACACUAAAGAACUAAUAAUGCCAGGAAUGUAAAAAUCAAAUGACCUCUUCUAAAGCCAUUAAAAUGAACUUUUAUUCACAUUAAUAUUACCUCGGAAAAACAGAAUGAUGGCAUUAACAAAUCUUUAUUGCAUGUUAAAAUGUAACAAAUUUUCUGCAAAGUAUUUCAAUGCCAAGGGGCACAUAGGCAUAUCAUUCUUGCCAAGCUAAACAAUAAAUGGUGUAACCACCUGGUAUUUAAAUGGACAGGGGUUCAGAUUAUAACUUGGCUCACACGGAAACUUUGUGCAGUUCAGCCCUGUAGCCUUAUUACAUCCUCCGUCAGCUUUCGUUCUAGUGGGAGUAUGUCUGGAACAGAAAUAGCCUAUUCAGCUCCUGUCUGCCAUUUCUAAAGGCUCCUCGUGUUGGCAAACACCUGUUCCUAGGAAAUUCAUGACCUGCUGAUGGAAACCUAAUAUCUAUGGAUUGCAGUGAAUGCCGAAUGCAGAUCAUUUCAGAGCAUCACCCCACUGUUUAUUUUUACAGUAUUACCACUACAGAUAUGGACUGGACUUCCGAUGUCUCAGAUAUCCUGGCAUCAUCUCUGCCGAUUCCCAACCAGGAGGAGGAACGACAGGUAAAGACACAUUUUUAAUUUCAAAGAGUGUGUAUAUUUACUUGGUUGAAAAAACUUACAUUUAAUCAUUUUGUAUAUUUUCUCAUUUCCAGCAACAACUUUUCCAUACUGAUGACUUACCUGUUUGCUAUUUUUCAUACUGUUUUACUGUAAGCUCUAUAACCGUUUGAUCUUAUUGAAUUGGUUUUAAGGCCUACACUCCUCUGGUGCCGUCCCUCCUUUAAGUGUAAACGAUUUUCAAAUAUUUUAACGUCCCCAGUUCAACCCCCUACUGGAAAUGUGCUUAAGGCAGUGGCGUACACACAACCCAUGGGGCCCUGGUGCGAAAACUGAUCCGUGCCCCCUCUCUCCCCCCUGCGCUUACUCUGCGCGGGCCGGGGGCCGCAACACAUGGGGACGGGCACCUGUUUGCGACCCCUGUGACCGCGGUAUGUACGCCAGUGUAUGCAGAUACACAUUCACUUAAAGGACCACUAUGGGCACCCAGAUCACAUCAGCUCAAUGAAGUGGUCUGGGUGCCAGGUCCCUCUUGUUUUAAUCCUGUAGCUGAAAACAUAGCAGUUUCAGAGAAACUGCUAUGUUUCACUGAGGGUUAAUCCGCCUCUAGUGGCUGUCUCAUUGACAGCCGCUAGAGGAGCGUCCACGAUUCUCACUGUGAAAAUCACAGUGAGAAGACGCUGAACGUCCAUUGGAAACCAUUGAGUAAUGCUUUCCUAUGGGUGUUUUGAAUGUGCGCGCUGCUCUUGCUGCGCAUGUGCAUUCGCAGCUGAGAGGCGGAUCGGGGUGGAGGAAUCCCCAGCGCCAAGGGACUCCGGCGCUGGAGAAAGGUAAGUGCUGAAGACACACACACUCUCAUGAACAGAUGCAUACACACUAGCUAACAGACACACACACAUUUACUGACAGACACACACUCAGUGACACAUACAUACACACUCACUAACAGACACCAGACUCACUAAUAGAUGCACACAAACACACUCAGUAACACACUCACUGACACACACAAACUAACACACACUGACACAAAAACUAACACUAACACACAACUCUAACACACACACGUUUUAAUAAAAAAUUUAAUCCCUCAGCCUCCCUACCUUUGGGAGUGCUGAGGGGAUUCCCUGGGAUCCAGUGGUGUUGCUGGGCGGCCGGUCACCAGGCUGGCUUGCAGGUGGGCACGCAAGGGAGCACUCUUCCCUGGCUGCUACCUGUUCAGCUCCAUCGCGCGCCGCGUACUGAUGCCGGAGCUGGAAUAUGACGUCAUAUUCCGGCUCCAGCAUCCAUGCGGCGGGCGAGGGAGCUGAACAGGGAGCAGCCAGGGGAGAGUUCUCGCGCGCUCGCCGGGUGACACCAGGGCCAGCCUCGGGGGGCCCUGAGGUGGCCGGCUCCUGGGCCCGCCAGGACAAGCGGCUGACUACACUGGCGUACAUAUCGGGUCGCAGGGCUGCCGGGCCCCCUGGUGAGCCGGGCCCGGUCGCAGCCACGACCCCGGUAUGUACGCCACUGGCUUAAGGCAGAGAUUAGACACUUCUUACGAGCUGUAACAAUUCAUACCAGCAUCGGGCGCUGUGAGCAGUACAGAGGGGAUUGGUUGCUGGGGUCUCUUGUUUAUCAUGAACAAUGGUUUAAUGCUGAAUGAAAGGAUGACUCCAGGGGACUCCAAACACUUCAGUGGGAUGAAGCAGUUACAGAUUCUGAAGGUUCCCUUUAAUGGUGAAUGCCAGUGAAAUUACAUUUGGAACGUAUUCAAUCUAUGGAUUCACAAUAAUCUAUAGUUGUGUUCCUUUAAGUUGCCCCAGUUCAUUCAUGUACAUGAUCCAGAAAGUAAAUGUACACUUUCAUCUAUUAUACAUAUCUGUCAAAAAAUAUUGUAUAUUUAUAAUGGUCUGUUUAGCUACACUUUAGUAAGAGUUGAACUGGGACAGAUGGUAAACUGGAUCAACUCAUUUAUCCUGUUACAGGACAACCCAUCAUCCACCUCUUCAUGUCCUUAUAAAUAAUGUGUUUGCAUAUUUAUAUAUUACUUUUUACAUAAUCUUUAUUAACUUUUUUACUAUAGUUUUAAAUUAGUAUUAAAUUUGGGUAAUUGCAUGCCAUAUAUUUUCUCAAACUAGAUUACGCAGUCCAAAUAUUCCAUGAUGCCAUUAAGUCCGGGCGCUUUGAAUGUAACUUGAAACCUGACACCCGUCUUCCUAUGAUGUAUAUUGAUGAUUGCCUCCGAGCUACAGUGGAGGUUUUGGAAGCUCCGGCAGAGUCACUUUCUAUGAGGACUUACAAUAUCAAUGCCAUGAGCUUUACCCCUGAGGAGCUGACAAAGGAGGUUCGAAAACACAUGCCAGAACUCGAAGUUAUUUACACAACGGACGCCGUAAGACAGGCUAUUGGUGAGUUUGGAAUUAAUUGACAUCUGGUGCCUCACUUUUACCAACAUCCCAUCAAAAACACUUAUUUGUGAAAGAACACUGUUCUGAACUUUACAAUAAGUUUAAAUUCCGGGAGAACUGAACAAUGUAUAUAGACGCAAGAAGGCCUCUCCAAUUACGGAGUUCACAAAAUCUUCUUAAAGUGCACAAAACAGUAGUCUUUGUCCAAAUGUUCUAGACCAAUUUAGAUCAAUAUUUGCCCUUUACUUGAGACCAGAUGUUUGUCUGUGUCUCUGUGUUUUCUCACAUGCUGAUUUGGUUAACUUUUAAUCCACUAACUCAAAACGUUGAUAGUAAAAUGUGGACCCCAUGCUCUCUCUGUGUCUAUAAUGGUAUCUGGUACCGCUCACUGACAAAGCCCAAGGAAGGCUGAAAAUAUAUGGUAUCCAGUGUUUGACAAACUCAGUCACCCCAGUCUAACAUUAUGUGGUCGGACGUGAGCUGAGUUUUCACUGAUCUGUAUGAUACCUUAAAGGGCACCCACAGCACUUAAUUUUGUUGAAGUGGUCUAGGUGCAGUACACCUGUCCUCUAACCCUGCAGAUGUAAAAUAUUACAGUUUACAUUGCAGUAUUAAGACAACCUCUAGGGGCCUUCCUUCUAAAGGAUACUUUUAUUUUAUGUCUAAAUUUAAUUAUUCUGAAAAAGAUAUUUGGCGAAAACCAUUUAUGUGCAUACAAUUUUUGUUUCAAAGUAUAAAAGUAAUCUUCCCUUCAUGUUUUUAGCUGACAGCUGGCCAAUGAACUUCGAUGAUUCUAAUGCUCGCAAGGAUUGGGGAUGGAAGCAUGAAUAUGACCUUCCUGAGCUGGUAACAACUAUGCUCAACCACUUAAACUCUGAAACCCUUGCUGUCCAGGCAAGCUAAACCCAUCUGCAUUAAAGAGUUCCGGUAACAGGACAACGGGAAUGUCUCAAUGCUGUUCCACCUGGAGUGAGCCAACAUGCAAGCCACCAUUUAAAAUGCUCAUUAGUGAGAAAAGCAAAGAACUUUGUUAAUGGGGAUAACAUUGCUUGUCAAUAAGGUCGUCAUACAAACCAGUAUCACAUUACCUGAAAAUGUGUUUUUGUACAGUUAGGAAAAUAUUAUGUAUUGUGCAAUAGACCAUUUUAUUAAAAAAAAUAUAUAUUGGGGACGUGAUAUUAAAUCUGGCUUCUAAACUAUAUUUUCAGAUGUGAAAUAACCUUGCUGGACCUAUACCAAAUACAGGUUACACAGCUAGUCCAAAUUGUCAAACCGUAAUAAAAUUCCACACAUUUCCUUCUACCAAGUCAUAGAAGCCUGACACUUACCUGGUCUUGGGACUUGAAAAUCAAUUUAGUGCACCUAUGGUAAUUACUGGUCUGCUAAUACAGAGCUAGAAUUAAUUAGUGCAGCUUAUUCCAUUCUCCUAAUUGUUAAUCAGAAUUGUAAAGACAGUAUUUGUGAUGAACAGUACUUAAGGGGAACUCGGUUACCAACAGGCGGAGAGUCAAGACCUCCUAAUACCCUUUGGAAACAACAAAGCGACAAGGACUUUAGUUGUCCAACAGGAGAGUUUUGAUGUUUCUGCUGACACUUAUCUCAGUUUUCCAAUGCUGAUUGUGAAUACCACAUGAACUCUUUUAAAUCCAUUACAAGGUGGCAUUGCGAGAUUCCACGUUUUAUAUUUCAUUUUCACUUUUGGGUAUAUCAGUUUUAAGUUUUUAUGUGUUUAUUUAGAGAUGGUAUAAUUCAAAAACUAUAAAAAUUGGUUUACGUACAUCUUAUUUUGUUUGGGUAAUGUAGUAGCCAAAUGGGUUUGAUUGUUUAUAAUUAUUUUCUUUAUAUCUCAAACUCGAUGACACAAGUAGAACAGGUAAUUGCAGCGUACAGAAGGACUGCACUUGUGAUUCGAUUUUCUUCCCUCAAAUUGGGAUGUUUUGUUCCAGGAACCAGUUGUCAAAUUUGGUAUCUCAAGAUCAAAGAUCCCAUACAUGGCAACCUUUUGUAUUGUUCAUCUCCCCAACUAUUCAGCUUUCAAAAAGUCCCCAAUAUAUAUUUUUAGUUCAUUUAUAUUUUUUCUAUUUGACAGUAGCAUAGGGAAUGUGUAGCAUUUGUGCCAUGGGGCACCUGGACUGCAAAACCCAGUAAGAGCCAAUAUGGGCCAUGCAAUGAAAAUUUGAUCCAUACUCUACUUGAUGACCUUCCAAUACUUGAAAAGAACAAACUCGAAUUCCAACACUACUAUACUUGAUAUACAUUAAUACAUGUAGUCUUUUGCAUGUUACAUGGCUUGCGAGAGGGUAAUGUGAUACACCUGGUUUCUUAAUUGUAUAUUUGUUUUUCACACUUGUUAGACAUCUGAUAUUGUAAUAAUGUGCUUUUCAUAUUGCUUUAUUUAUCUGUGUUAAAUGUGGUAUCUUCCUACUGUUUAGUUUUUUUUGAUGAUGCCAUUCAAGAAUACACAAAUUAGGUCUUAAUUUAAUAUUGUUGGAUACGGUUUUAAAAUGAACUCAUAUUUAUUAAAAUAUAUAAUGUAAAAAAAUACAUGUCAAAACACUUAAAUAUUUUUCAAAACAUUAUAUCAUUUAAAGCAUAUCCAAAGAUAUAAAAUCAAGGCCUAAAUACUUAAAGGGUGGUAUGCAUCUUUUGAGAAUUGUUUAGAAAUGGAUUGCUCACCCUAUCUGGAUGGCGAAGAUGUAUAUUAAUGCUGAGAAAAAUACUGUAUUUGUUUUUAAAUUAUGUCUUACUUUUCCAACUCCUUGGAGCACAAUGUAGUAUGUGUGCAUACCUAGCACACUAGCUAAUCAUUGGCUAGCAUGCGGUGGCAAUUCUAAUCUGGCCAUGUGUCUUCUUCACGCAUUCCUUUGAAGAGAUUACAAACUCCCGCUGGUGUAGAGGUACCAAGGUCAGCACGUUUGCGGGACCCAUCGGGUGGCCCAUGCACUUAUGCUACCCAUUGGGUAUUUCUAAACAGGAUCCUGGUCGUGCGCCAUGGCCAUUUAAAGCACCACUGGACCCCUGCAAUAUCGGCAGCAUGUGAACAAGUGACCCACACUCACUUCCUCCCAUGCUGCCAGUAUUACAGGGGCCCAGUCGUGCUGAUAAAGGGCCAUGGCACAUAACCAAGUUCCUGUUUAGCAAUGCCCAUUGGGCAGCUUUAUGGAGAGAGCCAUGUGGGGAGGAGAGGAGAGGGCACAGGCUGCAGGGAAGGAGAGAAAAAGAGCAGCUCCAGAGAGAGAGAAUACCCAGACUCACAUUCACAUCAACCACAGCCAGCACCUGGACCCCAUGGAAGGCAUCCUCCUGCACACAAUAGAUAUGUUAACAGGAGGGUGGCUAAACAUGUAAACAUGAUGACAUGUAUGUAUCUGUGUGUUAAGGUGUGUGUGUGUGUGUAUCUGUGUGUCAGGGUGUGUGUAUGUCCUUUUACAGUAUGUGUGUAUGCUUCAGUGUAUGUGUGUCAGGGUGUGUGUAUAUGUCCAUGUUUAUCUGAAUGUGUGUCUUUGUGUGUGUUUACAUGUGUAUAUCUGUGUAAGUAUGUUAUGUAUGUGGCAGUGUAUAUCACUACAUACAAACACACUUCUGCAAUCAAACGCAAACAUUACAUACAAACACAGCCCGUAUUAAAACACCAUAAUUAUUUAUGAAAACUAAUGCUACACAAAAAAAGCAAACCUGCAUUUAAAAGCCUACAUUACAUGCAAACACUGCACAGAAGUACGUCCCUGCAUUCCCAUGGUGACAACACAUACAACAGAAAAUACACCCAUUCAUGCAAACACAUACAUUCAAAUACACAAACACUGCUCACAAUUACAAAUGGUAGACCCCAGCUGGCAUAGCGUCGUGAGAGAUCUACGUUUUGGCCACCUUUGCACUGGAACGGGGAACAAACAUUUCGUGCACCAAGGCCCUCGUUACAUUCGUUCUGCUACUGAUUCUAAAUCAGUAACUCACUUGGGAGGUUUAUAAGUAGGUAAACUAGAAAAUCUGCUUCCUCUUGAUGGACAUUAUGUUCUACAUAAAGGAGAUUGUAGUCCCAUCAACCAGAGGGAUGGACCUUUCCAGUUCUGACUUGAAUUUGGAAGAUACAAUUUUAAUACUUUUGUUUUUUAAUGUUAAAACGAAAAGAUCCUGUGGUUGUUUAUACGAAGCAUGUUGAACGUGACACUUCUGUAUGGAGUGUUCUGCACGUUUGUUAAUAACUGUAGUAAAUGUAGCAUCGGUGAAAACAUAAGAACUAUAUUGUUUUACAGGGUGGUGAGCAGAUAUAUUUUUAUAAUUGAAAGCAUGGAAAAUAUUUUUGCAUUUUUCAUUUAUUUCAGUUAUAAUCAUGAAAAAAUAACUUUAAUAAAAGACAGAAAAUCACACGUCUUGUGUCAGAUUGAUGUAUUGGGGAUAGACUGCCAAGUGCUGUGCCUACAACAUAUGACCUACCGAAACUUUGUUAUGAUCAUGGCAUUGUGCAGUAAUGGGUCAGAGGAUGCUACAAAGAUUUAUAAUGUGUGGAUCCAUAAAUGGCAAUUUUUCCAAGUAACAAAACAUUAUUAUUGGGGACUUUGCAAAAUGAAAGCAAUCUGGGGACUUUGCAUAAUUUGCACAGACCCGCAAUGGCGACAUCGCUGCUGGGGGUCCGGUGGCAGGUCCCCCUGCUGGUGAAAAAUAAUAAUGAAAUAUAUAUUGAAAUUGAAAACUAUAAAACAUAUCGAUGAUACUGUCAGGAAGUUAAAUUUUUUGCAUUUUUCACACACAAACAGCACUUUCACUGAUGAUAUAAUUGUUGUGACACGUUUUAUUGUUUUGAAACACUAAUGUUUUUGUUCAGCCAGGUAUAACAGUACCCACCAUGUACAGGUUUUAUAAUGUUUUUGAAUAUAAG